GGGGAACAGAGGGUGGGGUGGGGUCAGGAUUGGGAGAGGGUGUGACUCAGGAGUCCGGGAGGAGGGGCUAAAACAUUCAAGAAGCCUGUUUCAGCAGCUCUGGCUCGGCAGAGAGCGCCGGGAGCGGAGGGGAGCGCGUCGAGUUCUGGCCUGUGGUCGUGCAGUGCAGGGGGCUGGAUGGCAUGCUGGACCCAAGCUCAGCUCAGCGUCUGGGCCCAAUAACGGCAUUGCCAAGGGAGCAGCUUUCUAUCCUGGCCACACUGAGGUGCACAGCGUAAUGUCCAUGUUGUUCUACACUCUGAUCACAGUGUUUUUGAUCGGCAUCCAGGCAGAGCCCCACUCAGACAACCAUGUCCCAUCGGGAGACGCCGCCCCCCACGCCCACUGGACUAAACUCCAGCACUCCCUUGACACAGCCCUCCGCAGAGCCCACAGCGCCCCGGCGGCACCGAUAGCUGCCCGGGUGGCAGGGCAGACCCGCAACAUCACUGUGGACCCCAGACUGUUUAAGAAACGGCGGCUCCAUUCGCCCCGCGUGCUCUUCAGCACCCAGCCCCCACCCCUGUCCACCGACACCCAGGGUCUGGACUUGGCGGUGGACAGUGCGGCGUCUGGGAACAGGACUCACAGGAGCAAGCGGUCACCCACCCACCCGGUCUUCCACAUGGGGGAGUUCUCGGUGUGCGACAGCGUCAGCGUGUGGGUCGGGGACAAGACCAUAGCCACGGACAUCAAGGGCAAGGAGGUGACCGUGUUGGCAGAGGUUAACAUUAACAACAAUGUAUUCAAACAGUACUUCUUCGAGACCAAGUGCCGGGACCCCAGUCCCGUGGACAGCGGGUGCCGGGGCAUUGACUCCAAGCACUGGAACUCAUACUGUACCACGACCCACACCUUCGUCAAGGCGCUGACCACGGACGACAAGCAGGCUGCCUGGCGCUUCAUCAGGAUAGACACCGCCUGCGUGUGCGUGCUCAGCAGGAAGGCGACCAGAAGAGGCUGACCCUCCCGCAGCCC